GGCCGCCCACGCGCACCCCUCCCGGUUCACAGUCCCCGUGAGGCUGGGCCCCGCCCCUGGCCUCUUCCACGCCCCUUUCCCGUCGUUUUCCUGCCUCAAACCCUUCCCUGGCGUCUCGGGCCUCCCGCGCCUAGUGACCCUCCACCAGGGGCUGUGCGGCUCCCGAAGCGCAGCGCCGGCCGCCCAGCUCCAGGAGGAGGCUCACCGCGCCCGCCGGUCUCCUGCUGGCCCCUCCGGCCGACCGCCGCCCCCAACCGCCUCCCCGCGGCCUCGGGCCGGGCCCUCUGCCCCCCAGGCCACCUCUGCGAGGCGCCUCUUCCUCAGAGCGCGGUGCGGGAGGCGAGCCGGGACGCCUGGCACGCCCGGGCUCGAGCCCUGAUUCCGCCGACGGUGAACGUGCUCUCCCGGGAGGCCGGCGCCCGGUGCUUCCGCGCCCCUGGGCUCGCGGGCGACGGCGCUCGGGAGAGGCCGGGCCGGAGCGCGGGGGACAGAAGCGGGACGAGUGCGGAGGCCGGGAGGCUGCGGGAGAGCAGGCGCACGGAGAGGACGAGCGAGCCCGGGAAGGAGCAGGCGGCGGAGCCGGGGAGGCUUAGAGGCCAGCGUUGUCUCCGGGUGGAGGUUUUUGGUGCAGAGUGUGCGAGGGCUUCCCAGGAAGGCGGGAUCUGAAGAGAUGGUGGAGGAACUCACUGGGUGGCCUAAGGAGGCUUCUGUCUGCAAGUACCUCCUGAGCAGUGGGCAGCAGGAUUGGCUUCUAAGAAAGACUCAUGUUCCCUGAGUCCAAAGUCCGGAAAAAGAGGACGGCAGAGAAGGAGCCGGGAAUGGCUGUUCCUCUGGAGAAAGCAGGGUGGAGAGUUCCCAGCAGCCCUGACCAUGAGCCCUGCCCUGCUGGCCCUCCUGGGUGCUGCCCUCAUGUGGCCUGGAGUGCAGGCCCUGACCUGUCAAUGGGGGACAUUCGAGACUCUGGAAUAUAUGUCCCAAAUGCCCCUCCAGUGGACGGCUGGCGAGAGAGUCUGUGAGGGAGAUGAAGGUUGUCAGGACACGCUGGUGCUCAUUGAAAAUGGACCUCUGGUGUACAUAGUGCUCACCAAGGGCUGCACCCAGGCCACGGAUCACGAGGCCCGCAUCACCAAGCACAACCCGGGCCCCGGCGUGUCUGUCAUCUCCUACACCCGCGUGUGCCUCCAGGAUACCUGCAAUGACCUCCCCACCACCCUCCCUCUCNCGCCCCUGCCUCCGUCCCUCCCAGCGUCCGUGAGGUGUCCAGUCUGCUUGUCCCCAGCAAGCUGUAGGUCUACCAGAGAGGAGACCUGCCCAGCCGGGACCACACACUGCUACAGCGGGGAACUGGUGUUUAUCGGAGGGGGCAUCGGAACCAGUGUCAGCAUCCAGGGAUGCGUGCCUCAAGAAGGCUGCAACUUGUUUAAAGGGACUCAGCAUAUCGGGCCCUUGGUAAUGACUGAGAACUGCCUUCCUAGAGGUUUACUGACCUGUCACCAGGGAAACAUGCAGUGGACUCAUCAUAACCUGUCUCAUGAACCUGUCAAGUGGCCCCCGCAGAGGCAACAGACCUGUGAUACUGCGGAGGUGUGUCAGGAGACGCUCCUGCUCAUAGAUGUAGGACACACGUCACUCAUCCUGGGGAGCAAAGGCUGCAGCUUGGACUGGACGGAGCCUGCCCCCACUAUCGCCAUACACUCAGGGCCACCCGGCGUGCUCAUCGCCUCCUACGCCCAGUUCUGCUCCUCUGAUGGUUGCAACAGGGCCAACAGCACCAGCGUCCUGCUGAAUUCCCUCCCCCAUCCAGCUGUGCCUGCCCCAGGAGAUCUGCAGUGUCCUGCCUGUGUGGAGGUCUCUGGGACCUGCGCAGAAAAUUCUAAAAAUAUCACCUGUCCUAAGGGCACCACUCAAUGUUACAGUGGCUACAUUAGUCUCAGUGGAGGUGGGGCGUCCUACACAGUGAACAUUCAGGGCUGCAUGACCCAGCCUUCCGGCUCCUUGUUGAACCAUACCUCUGAUACUGGGGUCAUCUCUGUACACAAGAGUUCUGAUGGGAAUGAAACUCUCCCCCAAGCCAGAGCUUCCCCUCCCCUCUCUUUGGCUUGGGCUGUUGGCCUUGGUCUAUUUUUAGCCCUUUGGUAUGGGGAACCCUCCAUGCUGACCCUAUUUCCAGACGAUUCUUAGCCCCUGCCACACCUCCGCACCCAACCCUCCCUUGAACUCAUAAUGGGACCAGCCUUGGAUGCUGAAUUAUUUCCCAGUCCUCUCCAUGUAUUAUUAUCCCCCCACACACCCACACACUUUAUGACCUGAUAACCACUUAGGGAGGGGCUUGGGAACAUUGAACUUGCCCUAUGGACAUUCAAGCAGUGGCCACCUGUGUCUGAUAACACCAUCCUUUCCCCACACGGGGUUUCUCUACGUGAGGGGCAGGCAGGACACCCAGAGAUCUAAGAGUGGGUCAGAUUGCCAGCCUUCCCCUUGGCACUGGCUCUGUCCCCCUUCCUACAACUCCUCUCAAGCCACUUGAAAAAAGAAAAUCACUUUCUGGCUUAUUCUUCCCUCCCACCGCCUCCUCCCUUCUCAGUCACAUAUCUUCGGCCGCCUGGAUACAUUUCUUUGCUUCUAUUUUUUCACCUUCCACUCACCCUUCCUUGCCCGCUUUCCAUCGUCCCCCUUCUUGAACAUCCCUCUUACCAAAGUCGCCAACAUCCUCUUCCAUUGCUACACUUGCCCGGUGCUCCUCAGGCUGGUGUUGCGGCAUUUGACCAAACACCGUACUUCUUUCCUGGCAUCAGCCCCCUAAGGGUAAAUGCAAAUCAAAAAGGAAAGAAAACUUCAUCUUCCCUGGUACAAAAAGGGAAAGAGAUCCCCCUUUAUUUCAGAUCAUUUUCUAUAGAAAAUGUAUCAUUGAACUUUCUCUGUCUCUGAGAGGUGUAUGGAAAUUUUUUAAAAAUUUAAAUAGCCUCUUGCCAGUUUUGCAGCCCAGGGAUGUCUUUCUCCAGACAUGGCAGCCACUUCUUCGAAAUGUAAUGGCAAGGAAGGUCCUGCCCCCGUCUCCCAGGUUGGGGGCGGGGGGGCAUGAGCCUGAGUCAGGCAGGCCCCUCCCUCCAAGUUGCAAAACUAUCUCCAUCAAAAUAUGAGAAGUUCAUUUUUCCUUUGGAGAAAGCCUAUUAGCUGACACAGCUGGCCACCCCAUUACCAGGUGAAUUUAGGAUGAAGUACAGGUGGCAAAUGGUGCUGUCCAAUCUUCUUACUUGCGGACUAGCUGUUGUUUAUCUUGAGAGCGUGUGUGUAAUGGCUUCUGUCUCUGCAUGGC